ACGCAUCUGCGUUGCCUCUCGUCCCAUCGAGAUAAUCCCCGGGUGGAUCCGCCCAUCACGGCCCCCGUUGGCCUCUAGCCCACCAUGAGUUCGGCGGCCUCCUCGCCCGCCCAGAGCCGCACGUCGUCGCCCGCACGGUCACGCUCCUCAUCGCGUUCUUCUUCGCGCUCCCGCUCGGCCUCGCGUUCUAGUUCACGCUCGCCCCAGGGUUCACCGGCCCGCUCGCCCGCCGUGUCGGCCACGCGCUCGCGCUCGCCCUCCUCUUCGCCCGUGUCUUCGUCGUCGUCGGCCGCCAGUUCGCGCUCGCCCUCGCCCGAGCCUGUGGCCAAAUUGAAGGUCAAGAUCAAGGAUCGCAAGAAGAGUGCCACGCCCAGGCGGGAGGAGGACGAGGGGGCGGGCAGCCAGAGCGAGGAUGAGGAGACCAUCAGUGCCGGCCAGCGAACCCGCCCUGGCCGGGGUGGGGCUAAGCCCGUGGCCAAUAAGAAGAAGGCGCCGGCCGAGAAGAAGAAAGCGGCCCCGGUGGAAGAGGGCGAGGUCUCGGAUUCGGACAAGGAGUUCGAUGACGGCUUGGACGAUGAUUUGAUCGGCGAUGAUGAGGAUCGGGCUCUGCUGGCCCAGAUGACGGAGCGUGAGCGCGAACAGGAGCUGUUCAAGCGGGCCGAGAUCCGCGAGAAUCUGCGCAAGAAAUUUGAGAUUAAGAAGCGCCUGAAGCAGCAACAAAAGCUCAAGGGGCCCGAAGUCAAGAGUGCGCCAGACGAGGAUGAUGACGAUGACGACGACGACCAUAACGACGAGGACGAGGACCGAGAUGGAGGAGCCCAAGGCGGACCCGGGGUCGAUCCCAACGAGUCCAUGUCGGAUGACGACUUUGACACCAACCAGAUGCUCGACGCCAAGGAGCGAAGUCAAGACCGCAAACGGAACUUGGAGCAGCAAAAGUUCGACAAGAAAUCCAUGGCCUUGAACAAGCUCAAGGCCAUCAACGAGGAGCGCCAACGGAAGGAGAAGGAAAAAGAGAAGCAACGCGAGUUGGACCGCGAGACCAAAGACUCGGAGAGCUCUACGGAACGCGGGCGCUCCUCGGACAAGCGCAAGACCAAGCGCUCCUCGUCGUCUUCGGGCAGCGAAGCCGGCUCGUAUCGGCGACGCAGCUCAAGCUCGAGCUCGAGUUCGCGAUCUCGCUCGCGCUCGCGCUCCAGCUCGUCAUCGGGCUCGGACACGGAGCGAUUCCGCAAGGCCCCCAAGGUCGAAAAGUUCGUGGAAACCAUGGAGGAUUUGGAACCGAUCCGAUUAUCGCGCACCAAGAUCGAGCGCUUCCUCUUUCUGCCGCACUUCCGCAACAUCGUCAACGGUUGCUUCGUCCGGAUUGGGAUCGGGAACAAUCCGGCUGGUCAAUCCGUGUAUCGGUGUACCGAGGUGGUGGAAGUGGUUGAGACGGCCAAGGUGUACCAAUUGGGCAAGACUAAGACCAACCAGGGCCUGAAAUUGAAGUUUGGCAAGCAAGAGCGCGUGUUCCGACUCCAAUUCAUCUCGAACUCACCCCUCACCCCCACGGAAUUCGAGAAGUGGAAGUACACGUGUCAAGAGAACCAGAUCAGUCUGCCUACCAAGGACUUUGUGCACAGCAAAUCGCAAGAGAUCAAGAAGGCCAUGACCUACGAAUACAGCUCGGCCGACGUGGAUGCCAUGAUCCAGAAGAAUGAGAAAUUCAACAAGAACCCGGUCAACUACGCCAUGAAGAAAGCCAACCUCAUGAAGGAAAAGGAGAUCGCCCUCUCGGAUCACAACGACGAAAAAGCCAACCAAUUGGAACAAGAGCUCAAAGAGCUGGAAGAAACCGCCGAGAAGCUCAACAAGCGACGCAAUCACAACACCAAAUUCAACAGUAUCUCGUUCAUCAACGACCGCAAUCGCAAGAACAACGUGUGGAAAGCCGAAGAGGCCAUCAAGCAAGAGAUCCUGCGCAAAAAGGAAAUGGGCGUCGAGGACAACCCGUUUCUGCGGCGGAAAUGCAACCCUCGAAUGGUCACCAAGAGUCAGACCAACGUGCCUCCCGAAUUACUCAAGGCCAUGGCCGCCAACGAAAAGUUCCAACAGGAGCUCAAAGACAAACUCGAGAAGGAGAACGAGAAGAAACGCAGGGGCGACGACUUGGACGGCCCCGAUUCCAAGAAGAAGGGCAAACUGGGCGGCUCGGGGGCAUCCCUCGCAGGGGGUAAGGAGGACAUCUUUGACGCACACGACUUUGACAUCGAGAUCGACGUGGGCAUUGGCGGCCUAGGCGGUGGACCUGGCUCGGGGGGCGGGGACGGGCCCUCGACUGCGGCUUCGGAAGUGGUUCCGAGUCCCAGAGCCAUGCCCACGGCAGCAUCCAUCUCCAAGACCUCGGGACCGGCUCGACGCUCUUUGAACCUGGCGGACUACAAGAAGAAACGCGGACUCAUCUAGUGCUUAUUGUUAUCAAACUAUGAUGUUCUUUGUGAUUGAAAAAGAGAUUGAAAUUAAAAGUCGAGGAAAUGUUGUCGCUCGUGCGAUAUCCAUCGGAGAUCGGGAACUCUCAAUUCAUCCCCCAUUCCGCAUUCCCAUUUCAG